AUGGCUGCAAAUGUGUCUUCAAAAACUACAAGAAAAAGAAAACUGAACUUCACAGCAAUUGAGAGCAAUUUGAUAAGUGAGCAGGUUACAACCCAUCCCCCAGAGGUUACUAAUGCCAAGAAACAGGAAAUGUGGCAGGAAAUUACAUCUAAAGUUAAUGCAUUGAGGGUGUAUCUCAGAACAGAGACAGAGGUUCGAAACCGUUGGAAAAACCUGACCCGUGAGGCCAAGCAAAAAAUUACUACAGUGCAGAAGGAAAGAACACAAACUGGUGGUGGUCCUCCUCCCACCCAACCUUCCCAAGCAGAGGAAAACAUUAUAAAUUGUAUGAGGGACACUGCCUAUUUCCGUGGAGUUCCCGGUGGUCAGGAAACUGUAAUUAAGGGACCAUAA